CUGGAACUGGAAGUAGGACCGAUGGCGCGGUCCAUGUUGGUGCUGCUCACACAAGGAUGCUUCCGUCCUAUACAUUCCCUUCUUCGUUAAUAGCUAUAGCAGGUAGCGACGAAUUGGACCAGCUCGAGGCCCGCGUGUUGGCGAUCCGCGAGGAGACAGAGGCUCACAUUCAAGAACUGGAAAGACUAGCAAAAGCCCGUUGGUGGGCAAGCGCUAUGGAGUGCGGUUUGAUUAUAGCUGGUUCUCUCGCGGCUGUGGGAGCGUUCUCGAUCGCUGGAAACGUGAUUCCCGUUCUUUUUACGGCGGAAAAAAUGUCGUUAGGAACACUAGCUUUCUUAGGGGCUAAGGCGAAACUGCUGGCUUCGAUGCUGUUGGGCGCAGAGACAACGCAUGGAGGACUGGGGAGUUCGGCAUCUUUACAAAACAUGUGGCAUCAGCCAGGAGGCCAGGAAGCAACGAAAAGCCUUAAGGAGCUGUUGGAAAUGUUGCACGAUCAAUUGGCCCACGUACUUUUUUACUUUUCCAGUAGUUUGAGUUUUGUACCGGGAAGUAGAUGUUCAUCAAUGUACUACUAUGAUGUAAUUCAUCUAUCUUCAAAAAUUAGUAUGGGAAUUAUUAUUCUUGAAUGUAGAAGUAACUCGUAGUUUCCUUCAGAUGAUACCGAUUACUAAUCGCAUGUAUCCUAUGUAGAAGUACUGAAAUAACCGAGUUACUGACUGAAAUAAGGGAGGUUGUAGCUUUGACGGGGCUACUCUUCCUUGUUCAGUCUCUCGCUUAUUUUCAGUAGUUACAACUCGCUUGUUUCAGUUUUUCGAAUAGAAUUCUCUACUUCUACAUUGAAGCCUUUUUUUCAAAAACAGGUUCCUCCAACGGAAAGCAGCAGUCCUGUCAUGGUAAUGAGUGGUGUAAGCAGCCUGGUACCUCCACCACCUUGUGCUCCUCUCCUCGCCUUAGAGGAUAUCAAAAGGGAAUGGGAAGAUGAAAACAAUAAGGAAGGACAGGACAGCUCAUCUCGUCUUGUCUUCGAGGACGCAAACAACACCCCAGUAGACGAAAAGGAUCUCCAGUUUAUCGUAGCCACAAAUAGGGAGGAAGUGACGCGGCUUAACAAUAUGCUCCUGAUGAAUAAUGGGCAUGCUAAGGAGUCAACUUCAUCUUCAAGUGCAGCAACGUCGCAGGAGAUUCAAAAGUUCCGGCGAAGGGUGACAGUGAAGCUCCAGAAGGGAAACAAACCAGCACCUAUUCAAAAAUCUUCGCUGCUUCAGCGAGGACAGCGAGCAUUUUCGCUGGAGAAUGGGAUGAACAAAGAAGUAAAGAAAAAAAUCUUGAAGCAGGACAAGUAAACCGGCUAGAGCCAGCAGUGCCAGGUGUACGUUUGGUACUUCCACUAGUGACAGUUUUACCGGAUGAUAAAACAAGGUGCAGAAUCUUUAUGAUAUGCGCUCUUUUUUAGAGCGUCUCAGUCUAUGAUGUUGUCUAUGAUCUACUUCUACUUGAAGCAUUUGGUGGCAAAGUCCACUUCUUGAUGCGUAAUUAUAUGGUCAUCUAUCCAAGCUGCAGGAGAGAGGACUGUUUCCGUCUUCUACGCAAAGUUCAACGUGUUGUAUCUAUUUUGGUGUACUACAACAAGAAAUAGAAGUACAAAAAUGGAGAUGGACUGAACGUUAGAAGAACUACGAACGGGCAUUGGACUAAUAGAACUAGAUGACAAUAGCGAGAAAACUAGACAAGAGCGAGAAUGACGGUCUUUGUAAAAUACAACUUCAGUACUUGAAUCUUCGAGAAAUCAGGUUCUUGUCGUAAAAUACUACGGUAGUUCUUGUGUGCCGUCCUGCCUCUAUGGUGAUCACGAACGAUCCUAUCAGAGGCACAUAGAUAGCUAGCACUUGUUGAAUCUUCACGUAAUUCUAAUCGCUCCUCUUUUUAACUACUAAACUUCAACGCUCGAGCACGACCCGAAGGAGGGACCCUGUGAACGAUUUUCUAAACCUCACGUACUAUCCUUCAGAGUCAUCGCCGAGUUGUUGUAAUCGUGAUUUUCAUGGGUCGUUUUCAAGGCUGUCAUCGUGAUCUUCAGCGCAUCGAUUAGCGGUAUGUAGUACGUAGGAAAAUUCGAAGAAAAAUGAAUGAUUCGG